AUGUUACUAAAGUUUACAUUAAUAACUAUACUAACGUACAAUGUCUUCGCGUCGAAUGAAUUAGAAAGCUUGCACGGGAUCAACGGAGGUAACAGAGUAACUCUGUGCAUGGAUCCCGGCAUCGAAAAGUACGAGUGCGAGGGUGUUAUAUGGCAAAGGAACUGGGUCCUGGUAAAAGGCAGCUGCGUGGCCGAUAAGGCAUUGUAUCCUGUCAUAGUUCUACGGACCAGUUCUGCGGCUUGUGACAGUAUCGUAACAGAUAUCGAUGUGUCUGGAUCUCGAAGGGUACGUGCUCGCUUCAUGCACCCCUCCUACCCUGCGACUGACAUCGCGCUGCUAUAUCUUGACAGGCCUUACGAUGUACCGGAGCCAUUACGUAACGAUAGCAGCGCUAUACUGUACAAGUUGGAACCAUGGCUAACAGAUACCUCAGUAUUCCCCAACUACCCCCAAGACACGGCUCAAUGCUCCAGUAAAAAUUCAGUCCCGUAUAAAAGUCUUCAUAAUAAGGAAGAAUCUAAUUUUGCAUAA